AUGGACCCUACAAUGUCAACACAGGAGUUGCAGCUCUGUCAGUUUCUGAUGGAGCUGCCUGCUCAGAAGCGAUACCGAUACACAAAAGAAUCAGAGGAUCUUCUGCUCGAAAAUCUCUUCAGGUUCAUGUCCGGCGGCAAGGACGACUACCUCAGGCUCUUCUUCCCAAACGGAGGACCUGUCGUCGAUGGCUCGAUCCUCAAGCUCAAGGACGCCCAGGGCGCUAUCGAGGGAGCAGAAUACACCGAGGCCGCUCGAGGCAUGGCAUGCGGGCACAUCUUCAAAGCAGGAGAGGCUUCAUAUAGCUGCAAGACGUGCGGCACUGACGACACCUGCUGCCUCUGCGCAAAAUGCUUCGAUGCUACGGAUCACACGGGACACAUGGUGAGGAUCAGCAUCUCUCCAGGCAAUAGUGGUUGCUGUGAUUGCGGCGAUCCGGAGGCAUGGAAGACCCCUAUGUUCUGUACGAUACACUCGACCUGGGAGCACGAGCAACCAAAGGGCAAGGACAAGGAGGUGGCGAGGUUGCCCGACGACCUACUGUUCAGCAUCCGGAUGACGAUCGGACGGGUUAUCGACUACCUCUGUGAUGUCAUAUCGUGCUCGCCCGAGCAGUUGCGACAGACAAAGACGGUUGAAUCGAUCAAGCACGACGAGGAGAUGUCAAGGUUAAAUUCAACAUACCACGGUGGCGACGUGGGAUCUCCUGGGGAAUACGCCAUUGUCCUAUGGAACGACGAGAAGCACACUAUCACAGAGGUUAGAGACCAGGUUGCCAGGGCAUGCGCAAUGACUCAGCGAGAAGCUCUUCAAAAAGCAUACGAAACCGACACCAUCGGGAGAAGUAUUCUCACCUACGACGAGGACGUUGAGACUCUUCUGGGGAGGGCCAACACGUUAGAGCAAAUCCGCGUUACUGUUACGAUCCGCUCUUCACGCGAUACGUUUCGAGAGCAAAUGUGCGGUACAAUCAUCGAGUGGUUAAAGGACAUCUCGGGUUGCGCCGUCGGACAAGAUUCCUCCAUUCUGCGGGUCAUUGUCUGCGAAGAACUUCUCAAGCCAUGGCGCAUGGGAAGUCCAGCUACCCAUGCCAUCGUCGGCCAUGAAGGAAUGGACGACGAGGACAAGGAAGACCAAAAGGAAGACACUUCCAUGAACGUCUACACUCAAUUCGCAUUGCUGCAGGCUGCUAGGCUUCAACAAGCGAGAGAAGCCGUUCGGCGCGGUAUAAAUACGACGAGAAACUUGGAAGACAGCGACGAUGAUGAUGACGACGAUAGUGAUGCCGAUGGCGAAGAUCAUACACCGUCUUCCCAAGGAGACAUGGACGAGGAUGUCGAUGACGAUGAGGAAGAUGUGAUGAUGCUUGAUUCAGCACCGGGCGCCGCCGGCGACGUCAACAUGUCUGACUGGCGAGCUGACGAGGCUUUGGAAGCAGACGAAGCAACCAUGGCAGGCUACCCACCGCCUCCUCCUCCUCCGGUGCCGAGUGGCCCCCGCCGGAAUAUAGGGGAUCGAGAUCUGACUCCAUCCGAUUCUGACACCGCAGAGCCUCUCAUACCGUCCUCCAUAUAUGCGAAGAACAGUCUCGAUGUACCGAAGACGCCUGGCGUGGCGCAGGAUGAACAGGCAACGCCGCCCAAGUCGGGUCGGUAUUGGAUGCUCGCGCCGGCUGCAUACGUGGAAACGGAGAAUGUUCCACCUUCAGAAGAUCUGUUCCAGAGAGUCCGCCUGGACUGGAUGAUACUUUUUGAUCUUCGCAUGUGGAAGAAAGUGCGCAACGACAUGCGAUCUCUCUACAUAUCGACAGUCGUUACGAUCCCGGAGUUCAAACGCGUUCUUGGCCUGCGCUUUGCCGGGCUCUACACAACCCUGGCCCAGCUUUAUCUCAUUGGAGAUCGAGAGCCAGACCACUCAAUCAUCAAUCUUUCCCUUCAAAUGCUUACCACACCCUCAAUCACGGCAGAGGUCGUGGAGCGCGGCAAUUUCUUGACCAGCCUUUUGGCUAUUCUGUACACCUUUUUAACAACUCGUCAAGUGGGCCAUCCAUGGAACGUCUCGGAUACUGCUGUCUUAGCUUUUGACUCCGGAUCUGUGACUAACAGGCGCAUGUACCAUUUCUUUGCCGACCUCAAGUACCUUUUCCUGUCUCCACAUGUGCAAGAGCGUUUAAGGACAGAAGAUCGGUACAUGUUGCAGUUCCUCGACCUUGUCAAGCUCCAUCAAGGCAUAUGUCCAAACACUAGGGCAGUUGGAGAGCACGUUGAGUAUGAGACCGACACAUGGAUUAGCGUCGAAGACACAGACGGCGUUUGUCGGGCCAUCCGUCUGGCGGCAAAGACCGUGAUUGUGAACUCCAUUGGCGCGGAGCGCGCACGAUUCACCCAGGCUGAAAUCAAGGACGAGGUUCGCUUCAAAGCUUUGGGCGACUUCGAGUUUGAUGGCGACAGCUCCAAAUAUGAUGUCGUCAAGUUUGUGGUUGAGGAGCAGCCCAUCAGCUUCCACCACGCUCUUCACUAUACCUUGUCCUGGCUGAUUGAAUGUGGCAAGUCCCUAACUGUCGAACAAUUGCGAGCUAUCCUCCACUUCACAGCCCAAGAGCUCAAAGGCCACCCUCGUCUCAUGGGCAAGCGGGCCAUGCCGAGGCGCGAUUACGGUCCAGAAGACUUCCUCAUGGCGGCGUUCGACUACCCCCUGAGGGUGUGCGCCUGGUUGGCUCAAAUGAAGGCUGGAAUUCGAGUGCUCGCUUCAAUCGUUGAUCGUUUCGGCAUGGAGAAAUGGACCAAGGGUUUCUUCGAACAAAAGUCGACUGCUCAGGACGACGCACAACAUCUGGACAUUGUUGAAGACAUGAUUCACCUCCUCGUUGUCCUGCUGAGCGACAGGACGUCUCUGAUCCGCACUGACGAUGAGCCGAACAGCCGUAUUCUGGCCAUGCGCCGCGACAUCACUCAUGUGCUCUGCUUCAAACCUCUCUCAUUCACCGAAAUAGGAAACAAGUUGCCGGAGCGAUAUCAAGAGCAGGAGGACUUCACCAGGGUUCUCGACGAGAUGUCCAACUACAGAGCACCAGAGGGCGUGUCAGACAUUGGCACGUUUGAGUUGAAGCCGCAGUUUGUUGAGGAGGUCGAUCCGUACAUUGCCCACUACAAUAAGAAUCAGCGGGAAGAGUCGGAAAUGGCCUGGCGCAAAUGCGUAGCCAAGAAGACCGGCAGGCCAAUUGAGGACGUGGUGUACGAGCCGAAGCUACGUCAAAUACCCGGCGGUGUUUUCGCCGGACUCGCCGAGUUCACCAGCACUGGCAUGUUCGCCCAGAUCAUUUAUUACAGUCUACUAUACCCGCUGUGGCUGCACCUUAUCCUCAUCGCCAUUGCCGAAGACAAGCCAGCUGGUGGAGACCCCUCGAAACCGUCGUUCAUUCAUACCGCUCUGACCCAGGUCGCGCGAAGUAACUUUAUGCAGGAUGCCCCCGCUUCCAAGACUAUUGUGUCCCUACUGGACAUGAUGUCGACCAAGGAGGAGCUCAAGGGUUGCCAUCCUAGAAUCGCCCUCGUUCUCAAGCGUAUGCGCCAGAAACGACCCACCGACUUUGAGGCAGCAUACGUGCGGCUUGGUGUCCCAGUGGAUAGGAUCAGCACCGCUUCACCGGCUGCUAUGGCCAACGCCGAUGAGGAGCGGGAACGCAAGAAGAAGGCAGCUUUGGAUCGCCAGGCCCGAGUGAUGGCGCAGUUUCAACAGCAGCAGAAGACAUUCCUCGCGAAUCAGGGUGAUAUUGACUGGGGCGAUGUGGAUGACUUGGAAGAUGAGGAUUUGCCUGAGCCAGUGGAGGAGAAGAACUUCUGGAAGUACCCAUCCGGGACAUGUAUUCUUUGCCAGGAAGAUACAGACGAUCGUCGACUUUACGGGACUUUUGGCUUCAUCAGGGAGAGCGGGAUUCUACGGCAGACAGAUCUGUCAGACCCUGACUUCAUUCGAGAAGCAUUCCACACACCCAAAGACCUCGACCGAUCGGCUGAGCCUAUCCGACCUUUUGGAGUGGCACACGAAAAUCGCAAGGAUGUGCAAAAGGUCAACCAACAAGGAGAGACUUUCAUUGCGGAGCGCCAGACUAUUGGCAAGGGCUUCCCUCCACAUGCAGUCCGAAAUGGGCCAGUGUCCAUAGGAUGCGGCCACAUCAUGCACUAUAGCUGUUUCGAAGUGUACUUCGAGGCUACCCAGCAGCGGCACAAACAGCAGAUCGCGCGCCACCACCCCGAGGACCCGUAUCGCCUGGAAUUCGUGUGUCCACUUUGCAAGGCCUUGGGCAACGCUUUCCUGCCGAUCGUCUGGAGGGGCCAAGAAGAAUCAUACCCCGGCGUGCUGCAGACUUCAACAGAGAUCCAAGUAUCCUCUGAAGCGUUCGCGGUCUUCCUGAAGGAAAACUUGUCCUCUACGCACAACGCUGCCCUGGCAUUGGAGCCUCAAUCCCAUUCAUCCCAGAGGAUGUUCUCGCAAUACACCAAGGGGACAUUACUGCCCAAUUUAGCAGAGAAGUCGUCGCAUCUUGUCGUCGACGCAUGGGAGUCAGGCUCUCGGACGCCAUCUGUGGGUACGCCAUGGGGUGGCAACACUCCCGAAUCAAGUGGACAAUCGUCGGGCAUGGGCGAGAGCAGCAGCGCAAUGUCGGAACUAGUUAUUGUCUACCGCCGCCUCCGAGAUACUCUUCGACGCAAUGGUCUCAUGGGAAGGCAUGGUCCUGAUCAGCUCGAACGCAUGAACGAACCGCUGGGGAAUCCCACUGAUCUGUGCGACAGUGAUGUCCUAGCCCAAACUGUGGGCUUCUCAAUUUCGGCUGUGGAGAUACAGCAGAGAGGGCAGGACUCCGAGUACGGCUCGCUUCUACUCGAGAAGAUACCUGAGCAGGCUCUCACUCACCUGCGCAUCUUGGCAGAGACCGUCACAUCAUACAUCUCCGUAGGAGGGCAGAAGUACGCCGGCCAAAACCGAAUUGACAGGGAGUUCAAGAAAGACAGCGAGAGGCAACACUUCCAGCUCUUCGUCCCGGAUGGAGAGGACAACUUGGCUGCCCAUCCGCCACUCUUGACACAAGACACGUUCAUCUUCCUGUGUGAGAGCGUCUUCGGCUUUUCCGCAGCGAAUGGCAUCGAUGUUUCUUACCUGUUGCGCGUAUGCUAUCUUGCAGAGAUAGUCAAGGUUGUCUACCGCACCGCCAGGAUCACUUUCCCCAACCACGAGUGGAUGUCUGGCGAGGGCCUGGAGGAUAGGAGUCUGAUCAACUUCGCCGAAUUCUGCAAGACCGUCUUCAACAUGGACUUGGAGUAUACGAUACCCGAUGAUGCAAACCCUCCUCUCGACCAUGGGUUCAACCAACCCUGCUUCCAGAGUCUUGCCGACUUUUACGCAUUCACCAAGAAAUACGCCCAAGUCUUUCUGCGGAAAUGCGUGGUGUUGCUUUACGUCAAGUACGGCGUCGACUUCAAUAGCCACAUCUCACCUCAGCCAGAACAGGACGAGCUCGACCGUCUGACCGAGGCGCUCCGCCUGCCGGAUUUCGACAGCAUGUGCGCAGCUCUCACGCCGCUGGGCAUCCAUGUCGGGUGGCCGGGCUCCCUGUGUGACCAACUCGUUCGUGGCUGGAUCCGACAUGAAAAGGCACACUGCUGGGCACGGAUAAAAUCCAGAGAUCUGGCCGCCCUAGACGUUGCAGACCGGGACCGCAUGCUCAGCCACCCCGGCAUAUUCGAGCUCGUAGGUUUACCUAUGAACUACGAUACGCUCAUAGAGGAGUGCACCAGGCGGCGGUGCCCGCGGACUGGCAAGGACAUCUCUGAUCCGAUGAUUUGUCUCUUGUGUGGUGACGUUUUCUGUGGCCAGAGCAUCUGUUGCUCGGCAGAGGAUACAACCACGACGCUUAGGCGGCAAGGUAGCAGGAGAAGGAUCGGCGGGGCCCAGCAACACAUGCGGAAGUGCCAAGGAAAUGUCGGGCUCUUCAUCAACAUCCGCAAGUGUGCAACCUUUUAUCUGCACCGGCUUAGCGGGUCGUGGAGCAACGCGCCGUACAUGGACAAGUACGGCGAGGCAGACAUGGGACUCCGGCAUAGCAGGCAGCUGUUCCUGUCGCAGAAGCGCUACGACUCGAUGCUGAGGACCAUGUGGCUCAGCCAUGGUGUCCCGUCCUACAUCUCGCGCAGGCUCGAGGCCGACAUUAAUAAUGGCGGUGAAGACUACUUUGAGGACGAGCUCGAGUUCGAGGACGAGUUCAUGGAGGAGGAAGACGAGGACGAGGACCCAGACGAGAGAGACGAUCAAGAAUGGGCUCCCCGUCCUCCUCCUAUCGCCACCCCUUUCCGUGGGCUCGACGCGUUGCUCGAAGUGAUGCGCCAACCAAUCCCUCCACCCCUGCCACCUGUCGAAGACAUACGGGACACGGAUGGCAUUGCCCCCUGGGCCUUCGACGAGAACAAUCUGCAGGCUACCGCCGGCCGUGCCCCGUGGGUCUUGGGCAAUAACGAGGAGGAUGAAGAGUAUGACGAGUACGACUAUGAGGAUGACGAUACGGGCUGGGAGCCGCCUGUGUUCGGCUGGGCGCCGGUGCCUGUUGACAUCGACGCCCUUCUCGGUGGGUUGCGGAGCGUCUCAGAUGACGAUGAUGAUGAUGUCGGACGGGAUGGGUCGAGCGUUGAGGGAGAUGACGAUGAGGCGGGUGGUAUCAUCCCUGCCUCAGAGGGCGUCCCGUUUCCCUGGGGAGGUGGAGGUGGAGAUUCAGGAGGAGAUUCUGAGCCACCUCAGGACCAGCACCAAGAUGGUGGCCAUGAUGAUGUCGAUUAA